UUGGCGUGGCCAUAGUGGGAUUCGUAAUAUCGCCAUCGGGCCAUGGUAAUCGGAUCGCAUAUAUCUCUAUCCUGUCCGUCCGGUUCAUCCACCUUCUUAACACCGUGAUCAUGGAGCUCGCGCAGUGUUCCCACAGCAGACGCGCCACCCCGUCUCUCCGUUUCAGCUCACCGUUUACAGCCGCCGGAGCGGGCAGGUAGCCGGGCGGGGGGUCCAGGGGCAUGCCGUCUGAUGUGGAAUACAGCCCGGUGGGAGAGGGGCUGGGGAUGCGGGACUACUGGCUCUAUAUGUGGCUCCGGAGGGCGGCGGUGAUAGCGGCUCAUGUCACCGGCCUGGGCCUGACCCUCAUCAUCACCCUGCUGUCCAGACCCGGAACCAGUCUGUUUUCUUGGCAUCCAGUGUGUAUGUCUGUUGCAUACUGCCUGUGUAUGACAGAAGGCAUCCUCCUCUUCUCGGCUGAGGGAUCGCCCUGUUGCUUCAAAUCCCGGAAGGGUAAAGUGCGUCUGCACUGGUUCUUUCAGGCUCUAGUCCUGAUAGCGGCGGCCGCCGGCCUGGGCUUCAUGGUGGCCAGCAAGAACGUGUCGGAGCUCCCCCACCUGCUCAGCUGGCACAGCGUGCUGGGCGUCUGCACCCUGGCCGCCACCGCGCUGCAGGCGGCGUGCGGCGUCUGCGUGAUCUUCCCUCAGCUGCUGCGGCUGUCCUCUCCUCCGCUCCGGCUGAAGCUGUACCACGCCACCUGUGGCCUGGUGGUCUACCUGCUGGCCACAGUGACCGUGGUGUUGGCCAUGUUCUCCGACUGGUUCCAGGCCUCGGUGAAAGGGACAGCCUGGUGGGCCUUCCUCCUGCUGCCCCUCUUCCCCGCCCUGGUGGUGAUGAACCAGAUCACUAAUUCCUACCUGCCCCGCAGGAAGAUCCCCAGAUAGGAGGCACAUAGUACGUGGUUUCUAUCCACGACGUUCCACUUCCGGGAUUGCUCCGUCAGAAAAUCCGCUGGAUGUCCCCUCUUUUAGGCCGGAUAUCCGUCACCUUCCUCUUCCUUUGUGUUGUGACAUUCUAAACUCGGGUGGAUUUCUGAG